AUGCUUUCCAUAUUACUUGCUCGAUUUUCUCUUUCAGUAUCAGCCAAAUCCACUGGUAAGUAUACAUAUAUGCUCUAUGAUGAUAGCGAUUCUAAAACUGUCGAAAUAAUUGAUAAACUUUGGACAAAAGUUAAAAUUGAUGGCGUUACAAAGAACAUUGAUGAAGCAACAGAAGUAGAUUAUGCAGUUGAAAUAGAAAAUCACCCUAAUUUAUUACAUACACUUGUAAAACAGACAAUUACAAACAAGGGUACUAAAGAACAGAAAAUCGACCUUUGUACUGCCUUUAAAUUCAGUGAUAUAGAUAGUAAAGUUGAUACAAUAACUGUUCCAAUGAUCUUACAAUCGUUCUCCAAAACCACCCAUGGGUUUCAGAUAUCAAUGCCCAAGAUUUCGGUUCAAAUGAUGAACCAAAGUUUUUCACAAACAAUGAGGAAUUCUUAUAUGCAACAGAUGAAAUGCCUACAAUUCAUUGGCUUUCAUUUUCAUGGCUUAACAGAUACAUUCAACCUGGCCAGUCAGUAA